CGUCCGGUAUGAGGGUGCAAUACUGGUUCGGUGUGAUAGCAGCUAUUUUAUGCGCGGUGUGCAUCUAUUCACCCGUUUUCCUAUACAUAGUUCUGUUCAUCGGUUACUCGUUGGUGCUGAUUACUAUCGCGGUGUUUGGUACUAUCUACGUCCACUAUAAGCUGACAAACCGCGAAUCAGUCCCGUAUGUCGACCAAGGUCAAGACGAUCAAACACAUGUCCUUUACAAUGCUACUCGAUCUCCACUGUUUGGGAAAGGUUCGCCAGGCUUGUCACCAACGUCCCGUGCAUUUGGAGCGCGUGGUACACCCGGUACGGCUAGCGCAUGUUACGGUAGCGCUUCCUCCAACCCUGGCCAGUUGCCGAUUGUGUUCGGUCGCACCGUUGACGGACUGCUGCAGCAAAUCAUCGAUAAUACGAUGCGCGAUCUAGUCGGUCCGGCCCUUGAAACGGUAGUAGCAAAUCCGCGACGCAUCGUAGAGCUGCUGCGCGAAGAUAUUUGGCUCGGCAUCGAGAAGCUACACGAACGGGCCGCCCGGAUCGACGCACCGAAGCUGAUAGCGUGCGACUUUGUCCAGAAAGUGACACUUCAUCUGCAAAAGAUUCGCCGCACUGCCACCGCUGGGAACGCUAGCGAAGCGCAAGAAACCAUCCUGACCGCAUCCUACCUGGCAACGGCUGAGAAGGAGUUGGACUUCCUUAAGAAAAUAAGCGAAAUUUUGAUCAUAUUUCUGUUGCCGCGCGGUUACUCACUUUCGCCGGUAAAGGAUUUGCUGAGCGAAGUGAUUGCGUAUCGUGUGCUGCAUCCGGCAAUCCGCUACCUGACCGCACCGGACUUUAUAAACCAACAGAUCGUGGAGUGUAUCGAGACGCGGCUCGUUGCGGUAGCGAUACAGAAGCGUAGCCACGAGUAUGCGGCCAAUUUUGAGGAUUUCCUACGCAUCAUCGAUAUGACACAAACGGUCGAGGAGCUACAUUCGAUACGGGCCAGCAUUGUGAGCGACAUUCGGCAGGCAACGACGAUGCAAACGAUGCAGCGGGCACGCGGUGGGUUUACACUGGCGGGUGAUGCGUCCGGCUCGUCCGGUGUACCCGGUACAGGCGAAAGCCACGGUGACGGUGAGCCGGCCGCUACGCUCCGGCUCAAGCGGUACAUUCAGCAGCUUUCGUUUGCAAAAAGCCAGUGUGAAAAGUGUCUAACCCGGCUCGGGUGGGAGGGAAGCGUUAGUAACGAUGUAGAUCUGGCCCUGGCCGACAUCCUCUCGACGGUUGCCGGUCGGCGGGCGCUCACUGCAUAUCUCGAGCCAAUGAAUGCGGCAAGUCUCGUUGGGUACUACACGACGGUAGAGGAACUGCGCCGUGCGGCUCGUUCCGCGUGGCAUCAGCUCGGGGCGGAGAUUUUCUACACGUACAUCCGUGCCCCUAGCUCGGAAAUUCCGCUCGACAAAGCGACGCGUAAGCGCAUGGAAGCGUUUCUGGUGGGUGAUGUUGGCGGGCCGGACGUGUUUUAUGAGGUGCAGCGCGAAUGCUUAGCCCUGCUGGAGCAGAAGUACUAUCAGCCAUUUUUGCUGAGCGAGGAGUAUGUGCGACUGAAGGGUUCGUUGACGCAGGAUGAGUUUAAGGAAAUCAUUACGGCGUGUGGUACGAACGGGCCGCCGGGCAGUAUGGAUGUCGGUGGAGGUGAGCUGGUGGGAGGUUCACUGCAACACGGCAGCCAUGACAGCCAGGAAAGUCAGGAAAGUGGUAGCAGCUCGGUGAAUGGUAGCGAAGCAGGGGCGGAUCCGGCGCUGGCCGACCUUAGCAAUCAUUCGCAGUACGCGAGAAACAAACUCGAUCGCUUGGACGAGAAGCUGGCCAACAAGCAGCAAGCGUUGGAAGCGCUAAAGCAAUCGUUGAAGCCCGACUCGAAGCUGUUGCUGAUGCUGGAGCGUGAGAUUGAAUGGUUGCGGAGCGAGCGACGCCAGCUCGAGUCACACCUGCUGCGGACGGCCGUUUGGGGCGAGUAUCUGGGCAGUUGGCGGGCGAUCGUGGAGAGUGUGGACUUCUCGGACGAUCGGGAACCGCCACAGUUUAUGAUCGUGGUGCAGGUGGAUGAGAUGAACGAUUACGGGAGUGGGCCGCGCGAUGAUACCGUUGUCAUGACGGCGCUCGAGGCCACCGACACCAUAUCGACCGGAUGGGUAGUGGUGCGCUCGUUGGCCCAGUUCCACACGCUGCACCGCAAGUUGCGCCCGAUGUGUGCGGAGCUGCGCCAGCUCGAUCUGCCUUCGAACAACGCGUUCAAGCUAUUUCUGCUCAAAAACGAUCGUGCACUGCUGGAGAAGGCGAAGGCACAGGUGCAACGAUACCUCAGCUUCAUCCUGGAGGACGAUCAUCUGAAUCAGAGUGAGGCGGUGUACGAAUUUUUGAGUCCCAGCUCGGAUCGUUUGAAGCAGGGCGUGGUAGCUAAUAGCAACCCGUCACCGUCGAAGAAACCAUCGUCCAAAUUCUCUCUAGCCACGAUUUUCCGCAGCAAUAGCGAUAAGCUCGAGCAGCUGUGGCAUGUUGGUGGCGCAGAUCGGCCUCCGUUUACCGGUGAGCACGAUGCGUUUACACCGGAAGAUGCCGACCAGGUGUCACUGUAUCUGGAGGGUGGACCACCGGCCACCGUUGGUGUUUCUUCUGCGUCCUCCGCCUCUCCCUCGCUGGAUGGUUCGACCUGCGUGGAGGCACGCGAUUCAAUAGCCGAACCACUGUACGCGCUGCUCGGGGAAAUAUUCGAUCUUGGUGGCGUUUUCCGUUGGUUGCGCAAGAGUUUAAUUUCGUUCGUGCAGAUCACGUACGGACAGACAAUAAAUCGCCAGCUGCGCGAAUCGAUCACUGCCCUGUUCGAUGAGCCGAUGCUUCACGCGUACGCUAGUGCGGUGUUAAGGAGUAUGUGGCCUGGUGGUGCAUCGCUUCAAACCGGAAACGGUGGUACCAGCGGGAUACGGUUACUCGCGGCCGGCGACCGAACCGAGGACGAACGGGAGAUGAUCAUGAAUGCUGCCCGUUCGCUGCUGCAGGACAACAUACCGGAGCUUCUGUGCAGUUUGAUCGGUGCGCAAAACGCACGGCAAGGUGCACUGAAGCUGUUCGAAGUGUUGCAGAAUCCGCUUUACAACAAGCAGCUGUUUUACGAUCUGCUUGAAACACUGAUGCUGGAACUGUUUCCCGAAAUUCGACAGCUUAAACCGGCUGCCGGUGGGAAUAAUAGCAAUCCUACCGUUAGUAGUACCACCGGAAGCAGCACCACCGGGCAGCCGCGAGAGUAUUACCAUCAACCAUCGCCGGGUGCUUCGGUGUCUUCACCGAUCUCGUCACCGCCCUCACCGAUGGGUGCGGUUGGUUCCGCUUCAGGUACACCUAUUAGAAGCAUAUCAUAA